UAAUAUCCAAUAAAAUGCAAAGAUAAUAUCCGAUGAUUACUCCCUGAAGUAUCUGCUUUAAGCCUAUAUAUAGCGAGAUCCCAUCUGGAAGUUGAUUUCGAUCUAAAGGAGGAGGAAGAGGAGCAGAGAAUCAUGGGAUCGGAGGAGGACCCGAGUCCGGCGGCGGCCCGCCUCUCGCCGUUCCGGUACAACUCACCGCUGGUGCAGGUGGGCCUCAUCGGCCUCGUGUGCUUCUGCUGCCCGGGGAUGUUCAACGCGCUUUCUGGCAUGGGCGGUGGAGGCCAGGUCGACCACACCGCCGCUAACAACGCCAACACUGCCCUUUACACUACCUUCGCCGUCUUCGGCAUCCUCGGCGGCGGCAUCUAUAAUCUCCUCGGCCCCCGCCUCACUCUCUUUGCUGGAUGCUCUACCUACGUCCUCUAUGCUGGCUCCUUCCUCUACUACAACCACUACCACCGCCAGCUCUUUGCUAUCAUCGCCGGCGCUGUGCUCGGAGUUGGCGCCGGCCUCCUCUGGGCCGGCGAAGGCGCCAUCAUGACUUCCUACCCGCCAGCGGGGCGGAAGGGGACAUACAUCUCCUAUUUCUGGACCGUCUUCAACAUGGGCGGAGUCAUUGGCGGCCUCAUCCCCUUCGUUCUCAAUUACCACCGCACCGAUGCCGCCUCUGUCAACGACGGCACCUACAUCGCCUUUAUGUGCUUCAUGGCCACCGGCGCCAUCCUCUCCCUCGCCAUCCUUCCCCCCUCCCGAGUCGUGCGAGACGACGGCACCCGCGCCUCCUACAUCGCAUACUCCAGCGUGCGCACCGAGUCGAUCGAGAUCCUUAAACUCUUCGCCGACUGGCGGAUGCUGCUCAUCGCGCCGGCGGCCUGGGCCAGCAACUUCUUCUACACUUACCAGUUCAACAACGUCAACGGCCUCCUCUUCACCCUGCGUACCAAGGGGCUGAAUAACGUCUUCUACUGGGGCGCGCAGAUGAUCGGCUCGAUCUCUAUUGGCCACUUGCUCGACUUCAGCUUCAAAAGUCGGCGGACCAGGGGAUUCGUCGGCAUCACUACCGUCGCCAUACUCGGGACCGCCAUCUGGGCCGGUGGGCUCGCUAACCAGCUACGGUACACCGAUGGUGUCUGGACUGACGAACUAGACUUCAAGGAUUCCGGGGCCAAGUUCGCCGGCCCCUUCGUCCUCUACUUCAGCUACGGCUUGCUGGACGCCAUGUUCCAGAGCUUGUGCUAUUGGGUCAUCGGCGCACUGGCCGACGACUCCCAGACUCUUAGCAGGUUUAGUGGAUUCUACAAGGGGGUACAGAGCGCCGGGGCGGCGGUGGCUUGGCAAGUCGACACGCGCAAGACUCCGCUUCUGUCCCAAUUGAUCGUGAACUGGUCCUUGACUACGGUCAGCUACCCACUGCUGGCUCUCUUGGUGCUGCUCGCUGUCAAAGACAAAGAUGAGAGCGAGGAUGGGCAGACCGAGGUGGCGAAGGCAUCGGCUACUCUACCCAUCGAGGAUACUCUAACGUCAAUAAUAGAAAUAAUCUCUAAUUAAUUUUAAUCAAUUGAGGUUUAUUAUAUUUAUACACAAUCAAAAUAGACAUGAAUCAAAUAGAAAAAAUAAUAUUUACAAGUCUAUUAUAUUACUAUAUUUAUAAUUAUUAUGAUUGUAUGUCUUAUUUAGAGGAUGUUUGGUAUGAGCAUGUGAAUAAGAAUCGGAAUGAGAAUCAUUGUAUUGUGGAAUGAGAAUGGG